AACUUCAUUCAUAUUCCGAACGUCGUGUUGUAAAUACAUGCGAUUGGAUUCGCGUUCGCGUGCGCGUUGCCCAUGUGGGUUCCUCAAAAACACCGUUUAGUGUAGUGAAUCGGUUGCAUAAUUUUUGCGCGGUGAUCUUUAGCAAAGAUUCACGCUUGACUGCCUGGCGGAUGAUUCGCUGAAGUGGCCUUUUGUGGCGAACUGUGUUAUUUCUUUUCUUUGAUCGGUUGCGUGUUUUAUCAUUAUCUAAACUCCUUCGGCUGGCAACAGCUGUUUCUUGCAGCAUUUUUUGUUUGUUUUUGAGCUCCAGAUAGAUUAGCAAUGGAAUGGAAAUGAUAAUAGUGAAUUUUCAGUUUAAGUGGAACAGAUCACUGUAGGCAUUUUUGAUCAGUGUUAACGAAUUUGCGAUAAGUUCAUAAUUCUGAUAGUGCACGGGUCGGUGCAAGGAAUCCCAUCAUGGUUAUACCAGGAAUUCCGUUCGUCAAGUUGGUCCCCUUAUUGGGCGGAUCUGCGUUGAAGGCUGCCCCGGCCGUGACGGCUGUUACGGCAACUGUUGCAGCGGCCGUCAAAACCGCCACUACGAUCAUAGGGGUGGGGAAACUUGCGAUCAUACCGAUACUGAUUGCAUCGCUGGCAUAUUACAACUACGAUCUGUUUGAUCCGGAGAAUCGACCUUUCAACGUGAAAGAGGUCGAUCGUGAAUAUGAUUUCAUCGUUGUGGGAGCGGGGUCGGCCGGAGCUGUGGUCGCGUCGAGGUUAUCGGAGAUUGGUAACUGGAAGGUGCUGCUACUGGAAGCAGGAGGCCACGAGACGGAGAUUUCCGAUGUGCCAAUAUUGUCGCUGUAUUUGCACAAAAGCAAGCUGGAUUGGAAGUACAGAACCCAGCCGCAAAAAACUGCCUGUCAAGCGAUGAAGGACAAUCGAUGCUGUUGGACGCGUGGAAAAGUCUUGGGCGGCUCGUCAGUGCUCAACACCAUGCUCUACAUUCGAGGCAACAAGCGUGACUUUGACCUGUGGCACGCGCUUGGAAACCCCGGCUGGAGCUACGAGGAAGUGUUGCCCUACUUUAGAAAGUCCGAAGAUCAACGCAAUCCCUACUUGGCGCGAAAUAAAAGACAACACGCGACAGGUGGCCUCAUGCAGAUCCAAGAUGCUCCAUAUUUGACUCCGCUGGGUGUGUCUUUCCUACAGGCUGGAGAAGAAAUGGGUUACGACAUCGUGGAUGUGAACGGUGAACAACAAACCGGAUUUGCAUUCUUCCAGUUUACGAUGCGCCGUGGAACAAGAUGCAGUUCGUCUAAGGCGUUUUUGAGACCCGUUCGAAACCGUAAGAAUCUACACGUAGGCUUGUUCUGUCACGUAACGAAAGUUAUCAUGGAUCCAGACAAUAAGCGUGCCUUGGGGGUGGAGUUCAUUCGUGAUGGGAAAAAACACGAAGUCUACGCUACUAGAGAGGUUAUUCUGUCUGCUGGAGCAAUUGGAUCACCACAUAUAAUGAUGCUGUCGGGGAUUGGACCCAGAGAAAAUCUAGAACAAGUCGGAGUCCCAGUGAUACAUGAAUUACCAGGUGUUGGACAGAACCUUCAGGAUCAUAUAGCAGUGGGAGGGCUGGUGUUCCGCGUCGAUCAACCGAUUUCAGUAAUCAUGAAUCGAUUGGUGAAUCUCAAUUCCGCCAUUCGCUAUGCUGUUACUGAGGACGGUCCUCUAACCAGUAGCAUUGGAUUAGAAGCAGUUGGUUUCAUCAACACAAAAUAUGCUAAUCAAACCGAUGACUGGCCGGAUAUAGAAUUCAUGUUGACCAGUGCAUCUACUCCGUCCGAUGGUGGUGAUCAAAUCAAGAAAGCACACGGAUUGAAAGAUGAGUUCUACGAGCAUAUGUUCAGCGAAAUCAAUAAUCAAGAUGUGUUUGGAGUGUUCCCCAUGAUGUUGCGACCCAAAAGUCGAGGAUUCAUCCGGUUACAAUCCAAGAAUCCACUUCGUUAUCCUUUGCUGUAUCAUAAUUAUUUAACCCACCCCGAUGAUGUAGGAGUCCUUCGAGAAGGGGUGAAGGCAGCCAUUGCGUUCGGAGAAACACAAGCCAUGAAGCGCUUCGGUGCAAGAUUCCACAGUAAACAAGUGCCCAACUGCAAUCACCUACCAGAAUUUACGGACGAAUAUUGGGACUGCGCCAUUCGACAGUACACCAUGACAAUUUAUCACAUGUCGGGCACAACCAAAAUGGGUCCCCGAGAAGACCCAUUCGCAGUGGUAGAUAACAAACUGCGGGUUCACGGAAUCAAAGGAUUACGUGUGAUCGAUGCCAGUAUAAUGCCACGGAUAACAAGUGGAAACAUCAAUGCACCAGUCGUUAUGAUCGGCGAAAAAGGUGCCGAUCUAAUUAAGGAACUCUGGCUUCAGAGAGGUUACUACAGUAGAAGAGGAAAACGGGAACGUGAUCCACUUGCGAAUGUUACCACCACCGAACCGAGUAAAACGAAUGAAACGACGACUAGCUAGGAUCAAAUGAAUUUGGAAAUUUUAGACAGGAAUUAGGAAAAUUUCUCUAACUAGUAAUGUCAAGCCAAAACUCAAUUCUUGCCCGUUUCACAAACACACGGAUACCUUAUGAAGUUUUUGCGUAAGGAAAAAAAGUUACCAGUUCUUGUUUUAAGAAAGCUAUUUUGUAAAUAAUCUCAAUGAUACUUUAAGACGGAAGUGUCGUCGUGUUCACCGCAGUUGUGCGUAAGGUAAUAAAGUAAUUGUGUGGGCUGCCCAACAAGAAUCACAAUGAAAUGACUGACUAUUUAAGUUAGUAGAUGUAUGUAACAUGUAAUGACUUAGGUAGGAAUCGAGGUGUGAAGUAAAUUUGUAAUUAAGAAUAAAUGGAA